AUGGACACAACAGCAAAUAAUAAUAAUAAAAAUAACAAAAAUAAAAAUAAAAACAAACAUAAAAAUAAAAAUAAAAACAAGAACGAAGAAAAUGAAGGCAAGAAAGAAUUUAAUAAAGAUGAAGAGACUCAAGAUCAACAACUUAAUCAGUUAAACAAUUUAUUUGAUAAAAUACUUAAUAUAUUUAACAACAUGUCUGAUACGCCACCAAGUUGUUUUCUUUAUCUUGACAAGCUGAAACAAAAAAUUAAUGGACAUUUAGAUGAAUAUUUCGAUGAAACUGGAAUUGAUCAAGCUAUACAUCAACUUCGAACUUUCAUCAAUUCCAUGAAACUUGAUGAAAAACAGACGAAAGAACUUGAAGAGAUCAUCAUUUUGGUUGAAACAGCUGCACAUAAAUUAUUCGAUGAUAUGGCUGCUAUUCAAUUGGAUAUUAAAAAUAUAAAAAAAGAUAAAAAGGAAGUACAAAAACAACUUGAUGAUUUCAAAGAAGGUAAUAAUCAUUUACAAAAUCAACUUAAUGAUUUGAAAAACGAAAUUGGUAAAUUAAAGUAA